UUUCCAUCGUCGGCCCCGAUCUUUGCCCGCAAUGGAGUUCGCCGAGUACGAGAAGAUGCUAUGGAGCCUCAUGUCGCCCGACAACAGCGUGCGCAAUGUGGCCGAGGCGACGUUCGAGGGCAUGAAGGCCGACAGCGAUGGCACGCUCCUGCAUCUGCUGCAGGUCAUUCGGUCGCCGGCGAGCGACGACGUGCGUGGCCUCGCCGCCGUGCUGCUUCGCCGCGUCCUCUUGCGCGACGAAGUCUCGCUGUGGUGCAAUGCGAGCGACGCGACGCAGCACAGCGUCAAGAACGACCUGCUCCAGGUGCUCACACACGAGGCCAACCCGUCGAUCCGGCGCAAGCUCUGCGAUACCGUCGGCGAGCUUGCCUCGUCGAUUCUCGAAGAAGGCGAAUGGGACGAGCUCCUUCCGUGCAUGUUUCACUGGAUCACAUCGGCGAACGUCGCGCACCGUGAAAGUGCUUUGCGGGUGUUUGAGAUGAUCUCGCUCUUCAUUGCGACAGCGAUGAGCGACUACUUUGACACGACGAUCCGACAGCUCUUUGAGACGUGCCUUAUCGACCCGGCCGGGCAUGUGGCCCUCCAUGCGCUCCGCGCGCUUGGCAUGCUCAUCCUCAGCAUCGACGAGCUCGACGAACGCGAUCGGUUCCAGCCGCUCCUCCCGCUCAUCUUGCAGGGCCUCGUGACCAUGCAGGGCCCGUCCGACGACGACCUCAUGGAGGCGAUGGAGGUCAUCAUCGAGCUCAUGGAGCCGCAUGCGUCCUUCUUCAAGCCGUGCUUUCAGGACCUUGUGCGCAUGAUGGUCGCGAUCGCGCAGACGACGAGCGCGAGCUUUGGCACGCGGCAGCUGGCCAUGGAGGUGCUGGUCUCGAUCGCCGAGAACGCGCCGGCUUCGUGCCGCCGGUUCCCGCACAACAGCUUUGUCGAGAUUGUGUUUCCGAUCGCAUUCAACCUCAUGCUCGACGUGCCGGACGAGAUGCUCGAGGACGACGAAGCCAACGACGACAUCUCGAACGUCGACGUCGGCUCCGAGUCGCUCCAGCGCAUGGCGCAAGCGAUCGGCUUCAAGAAAUCGCUUGGCACGUGCUUCCGCCUCGUCACGUCGUUCGCCAACCACGGCGACUGGCACUACCAGUACGCGGCGCUCCUUGGUCUGACGCAAAUCGUUGAGAUCAUCCCGCCAGCCCAAGUCCCGUCGGUCGUCGACCACGUCUUUACGCACCUCACGCCGACGUUCCACCCGCGCGUGCUCAGCGUCGCCAUCGACGCGCUCGGCCAGCUCGCAACCGACCACGGUCCCGUCUUCCAGGAGCAGUACCACGCGCAGACGAUCGCGAUGCUGCUCGAAUACAUGGCCCUCUCGGCGCCGACGCUGGCCCAAGCGAGCUGGAAGUGGAAGUGCCACUUUCAAGCCCACGCGGCCACGUCGCUGCGCUACUUUAUUGACACGUGCCACCCCGAGGUGAUGGACCCGUACCUCGAGUCGCUCCUCACCGCGCUCUUUGCGAUGCUCUCCACCGCGCACACUAGCGCCAAUUCGAUGAUUGACCCGACGCCCGAAGGCCGGUCAGUGCAAGAGCACGCGGUCGCCGCGAUCUCGUCGAUCGCGGGCUGCUGCGGCCCGAGCUUUGCCCGCUUUUACGACAAGGUGUUGCCGCCGCUCAAGCAGCUCCUCUAUGCGUGCUUGACGGAGCUCACGACGUCGACCGACGCGUCGACGAUGCUCUGCGGCAUCACGCUCGAGUGCAUUUCGCUUGUUGGGCUUGCGGUCGGCCCGAAUGUGUUUGGCGCCGAUGCCGACGAGGUCUUGACCGUCAUGACGCAGAUGCAGCACUCGACGCAGUACGCGGACGACGAGAUUCUGCGGUCGUAUCUUCUCCAAGCGUGGGCGCGGCUGUGCAAGACGCUCGCCGAAGGAUUCGCGCGCUAUUUGCCAGUCGUCAUGCCGUCGCUCCUUGACGCGGCGAUGCAGCAAGCCGAGUUUGACAUGGACGACGACGACGAGAACGGUAUGAUGGCCGACGACGACGACGAAGACGUGCAGAUUGCCCACAUCAACGACAAGUGCGUGAGCAUCCGGACUAGCUUGCUUGAAGAGAAGGCGACCGCAUGUCAGAUGCUCUCGUCGAUGGUCGGCGACCUGAAAGAAGCGUUCUUCCCGUACGUCGAGCAAGUCACGACCGUGCUUACGCCGCUCAUGACCGACUCGGUGCACACGGAGAUCCGCGCCGCGUCCAUCUCGGCCAUGCCGUCGCUCGUGCUCUCGGUCUCGAAGCAUUUGCAUGUGACCAACGGCGACUACAGUCCGGUCGUGCAGAUGCUCGAGUAUACGCUCGGCCGCCUCUUGAACGCGCUCUCAACCGAGCCGGAGCUCGAGCUCCAAAUGACCAUCAUGCAGUCGAUCAAGAUGUGCAUCGCCCACGCGGUGGACCCGGAAGAGACGAACGACCUCAUUGGGAAGAAGGCGCCGACGGGCCUUCUCAACCACGCGCAGCUCGUGCAGCUCGUCGAGGGCUUGCUCAUCGUGCUCGCCGAGAGCUUUCAGCGCCGCGCGGUGCGCCGUGCGCGCAAGGCGAUCGAAGAGCUCGACGAAGAGGAGGCCGAAGAGGACAUGGACAACGACGCGACCGAAGCCCAACUGCAGUUUAUUCUCGCCGACUGCAUCGGGUCGCUCGCCAAGACGCACACGCACGUCUUCUUCCCCGUCUUCCAGGAGACGCUCCUCGACAAGGUGCUCGAGAUGGUCCAGCCCCACUGCCUCCCGGAAGACCGCAAGCUUGCCGUGUACCUCGUCGACGACAUUCUCGAGCACACGGGUCCGUCGGCCGUCGCCCACCUCGAUACGUUUGUGCCCAUGCUCGUCGAUUGCGUCGGCAGUGAGUACCCGCCGCUUCGCCAAGCGGCUUCGUUUGGCCUCGGGCUCUGCGCGACGCAGGGCGGACCGGCAUUUGCGCCGUACGUGACGCAGACGGUCGAGCUCCUCUGGCAGCUCGUGCACGCGCCCGACGCGUACGACCCCAUGUACGUCAACGCGACAGACAAUGCAGUCUCGGCGAUCGGUCGCAUGCUCUUGCUCUUUGACGACGCGCUCAACCCGACGCUUUUUUCGCAGUGGCUGCGCCUUCUCCCGAUGCGCGGCGACCUCGAGGAGUCGGCGGCCGUCAUCCAGCGCCUCUGCGCGGCGAUCCAGUGCAAGCACCGGAUCGUGUUUGAUGCGACCAACGUCCCGGUGCUCAUUUCGGUGCUGGCCGAGUCGAUAUCGGCGCAGCUGUUUGCCGACCAAGACGACGUCCUCCACGACAUUCAGAUGGCGCUGCGCAGUCUCCGCGAGCUCAUUCCGCCCCACGUGAUGCAAGCCGUGUGGUCGUCCAUGUCGCCGACGCAGCAGCAAGCGCUCCACGCGCUCUUUGCAUAGAGUAGUAGAGACCAGUCAUAUCUUAUUAUAUAUACCAACGAGAAUGCAACGACGCCGCAUGAGCUCGCCGCAUGUGGAUCGCAAACAUGAUUGGGCGUGGACGUUGGUG